CGCCAGAUGGGAAUAUCUAUACACACUCGACCAUGUUGAGUCCCGUUACUCUUCGCAUUUUUCCUUCUUGUUAUGAUUGUCUUUCAUGGUCGGAUGACGGAGAACUCGCGGUUGCUGCUGGGGAAUAUGUCCACAUCCUAACGCCACGAAGUGCCGCUGAGCAGACAGCAAGUAAUACUGGAAUCGCUGGAGGCCAAUGGCAUUUCUCCCGUUUCCGAACCAAUCUUUUCACCGCCAGCGAAUGGCCCGUGAUCUAUCCACAAGACCGUCAAACAUUCUCACUCGGAGCAGAACAGUCUAACAGUACGAUCGUUGGCCUUGAAUGGUCUCCUCCAGGACUUGGGAGACACCGACGGUGUGUCCUUAGCGUACUGACAUCGAAUUUGAUGCUUUCUUUCUACGAACCUGUUGGUCUAGGGAAAUGGACGCGAGUUGCACUUGUAAAUGAUGCCUUGAAGUCAUAUUUUGAACCCCUGAUCCAGGAGGGAGGCCUGAGAUUACGUAAAUUGAUGAUACGCAGCUUCUCAUGGUGUCCACCCAUCAAAGCUCCGCGUUCGAAGAAACCCAGUACACCGUACUCGGUGCCAAACACUGAAACGCGCUGGGGCGUGCAGCUGCUAGCAGUAACGAACGAUGAUAAUGAGGUGAUACUCCUACAAACGCAAAGAUCCAGAUCGGAACCCAACUUUUCGGGUUUCUAUGGAUUCAAGCUAUUGAGUGUUACUGCGCUAGAUGAACUGGCGGGUAACUAUCCCAUGGUCCAUCCUGGGUCUGUAUUCUCCACGACGCUCAGGUCUCGAAUCAAGGCUUCAAACCUUUCUUGUGGUCCAUGGCUAUCUCGAACGUCUGGAACGCAGCAUAACACCUACUCUGUGACUAGCAAUGUGGCAGUCCUUUACGGCACGAAACUGAGGGCUGUGAAAUUGGAUGUGACAUUGACGUAUGAAAAUGAUACCACUGAAUCGGAUUCUCGUCUCAAAACAAGCGCUAAAAUUACAGAACUUGCCGCACUUUCCGGGGUAUGCCAUAACAGACACUUCACGGGCCCUUUUCAGUGGCUUUAUACUGAAGGGUCUCAAGAGGUACUACUCACUGCUGGUAUUUUCGGCGGGCUUGCUGCCAUGUCUGUCCCCGCUGCUCGAUAUCAAAAGGGCGAUAUUGAAAGAACCGAAAUACAAACGCAAGAAUGGCCAUUUCAUGAAAACACCGUUACCGGAUUACAGACAGACGAGUCGAGACACUGGGAACCGAUUAGCGGGAUGUUCAGCACAUUAAACGAGAGCGAUCAACAGCUCACGCUCUACCUAAGCACAAUCGGGGGCUACGGAGCGGCGCAAGUAUUUAACAGCCUUUCAGACCGCACUCCCUUUUCCCUGCCACCAUGGAAAGCCGCAAUUGACGACUAUACCGACCAGUUCGAUAUCGACCGGGAUCUUGGCGGUAUGGUUACCGGAAGGAUCUGGGGUUUAGGAUGUCACAAUGGUCAUCUUGCAGUCGCUUUCACCGUGCAUCCUAAGGAUAUGAUCGAGUACCGCACUGCCGCAGAAGAACGUACUACGGUCAUCUUUGUUCCACUAAACAAACAGAACGAGGGAGAAAGCACAAUGGGCAUAAGCGAGCUACCCGCAAACCAGACAGCAGAACUGCAACGCGUGAAACGUGAAGCUGUUCUAGGGUACAUACUACAUUCCGAACAGAGACCCGACGGCUAUAGUGCGCUAUCCAAAAAGGUGAUUUACGCCUCAGCACGCUGUGUUAUUCUCGACUGUGAAAACGAGGCACUUCUAGCUCGUGCCCGUGAGUCGUUAGAGUGGUUGAUGACAUUAGGGGUUCUAGAUCUCCAUGAUGAGAUGCCCUGUUCGAGCGUCGUCGAACCGAAAUCCCCUGAGACGCUAGAACCACUAGGCAAGGAAAUUUUCGAGCAAUGCGAUAUCUGCGACGCUGGUAUUGCGUGCAACUCGGUACAAGAGUCUCAGUGUGCAAAUGGCCAUGUUUUCGCUCGAUGCAAAUUGACAUUCCUAUCCAUCCAGGAACCAGGAGUCUCGAAGUUCUGCUCUGAUUGCGGGCUCGAAUAUCUAGAUGGCGAUCUCCUUAAUUCCCACUAUUAUGAGGAUGUUCGCUCGACGUGCCAAAUGCUCUGUGAUGCAUUCGAUGUCUGUAUUUACUGCGGUGGGAAAUUUAGGCCAUAG